AGACCACCUUGUGGUUUAUUCGGUAGGAGACCACCAAAGCACAUCGCUAUCUCUCACUCUCUCCCCGGUCUAUGACCUGGUCCUUCGAUUUCCCUUUAUUAUUGGACGUCCACUGAAAACUAGUAGAAGAAAGGAAGCGCCAAAGUAGCGAGGAUUUCUCCAGCCGGUAGCAACCGCAAAGUUUCACGAAAUAUGUCGUCACGAACUAACGCUAUCUCAAGGAUAACCAACCUCCGUCGUCAUUUCAACAUAUCAAAACAAGGCUCCAAGGGUGGCAAUGAGGGGGGUAGCAAUGAGGGGAGUAGCUAUGAAAAUACCAGUUCGGGGAGUAUUAAGAUUUCUCAAGAUGUUUCUACAGCUUUAUCAAAUGGGAAAGCAGUUGUUGCUCUGGAGUCCACUAUAAUAACUCAUGGCAUGCCAUAUCCUCAAAAUUUUGAGACUGCAAAAGAAGUGGAGGCCAUUGUGAAGGAAAAUGGAGCUGUUCCUGCUACCAUUGCUAUUUUGGAUGGCAUACCAUGCAUAGGGCUCACCACUGAAGAACUGGAGAGGUUAGCUAAGUUAGGAACCAAGGCUCGAAAAAUAUCUCGAAGGGACAUUGCACAUGUUGUGGCCACAAGAAGUAGCGGUGGAACAACCGUGUCAGCAACCAUGAUCUUUGCAUCAAUGGUUGGCAUUUCUGUAUUUGUUACAGGGGGUAUUGGAGGAGUUCACAGAAAUGGAGAAAACACACUGGAUAUAUCAUCAGAUCUAACUGAGCUUGGAAGAACUCCAAUAUGUGUAGUAUCAGCUGGAGUUAAGUCUAUAUUAGACAUUCCCAAAACCCUAGAAUAUUUGGAAACUCAAGGAGUUUGUGUUGCUGCUUACAAAACAGAUGACUUUCCUGCUUUUUAUAGCGAAAAAAGUGGCUGCAAGGCACCAUGCCAAGUAGAUACACCGGAAGAAUGUGCUCGACUAAUUGAGGCCAACAGGAGACUUGAUCUUAGAACUGGUAUCUUGAUAGGAAUUCCUAUUCCAAAACAACAUUCUGUUACUGGUAAUGUCAUAGACUCUGCUAUACAAACAGCACUCAGAGAAGCUAGUGAGAAGGGUAUAAAAGGAAGUGCAGAAACUCCGUAUCUACUUUCUAGAGUAAAUGAAUUAACAGGAGGAUCUUCUCUCGAGUCAAACAUUGCUCUAGUGAAGAACAAUGCAAUUCUUGGUGCUCAAAUAGCUGCUUCCCUUGCUCAAAUACAAGACAAUGGUCAGCAGAAAGAUAAAGGAUCAAAAUCGGAAGCAAAUGACUCGUGAUAUUGUUAUAUUUCUUCACCUUUAUAAUAUUUCUACCCAUGUGUUAAAAAAGGAAGAUGUCACGUGCGCAACUGUUAAUUUAAAUUUAGCAGUUUAAAUUUUGUAAUUUUUUAGGAUGUAUAAUAAGAUGACAAUGUUUUGGCUAAUUAAUUAUGUAGUAACAACAUUCCCCUCUUCAUUUCGGAAUUCGGAUGCCAUGGUAUUUCAGGUUUAUUUGUUUA